AAUCGGAACUAGAUGGCGGAUAAUAUUUAUGACGUGAAGUGAGAAAAUGAGACAAAACUAACCAAACAUAAACAUUGCGUUUUUCUCAUAGUCUCAUAGGAUGGAUUCAGAAAUUAUACAGGGGGUACAGCCCCUGAGUAAAGGUUUGUUAAAAAAAAUAAAUUUAAAAAAAUGCUGCAUAGGGCCUAAUAAUAGUGAUUAUUGUUGUGUAAAACUAUUUUAAAUUGCAGAUAAAAUUGUGUUCUCUUCUACUUCUGGCCUCACUAUCAUCAAUAUAUGUCAAUAAUCAUUGAAUAAUCAUCUAUCAGUGAUCACUCAGACUCAGAGUGAAUCACUGUAUGAUAUUGAAAUAUGUAAGACUAAGUAAGACUGUACUAUAUAAGAGUCAACUCUAAUUAAUUAGACUGUCCUCUGUACUGUUCUGUUAUAGUUUGUAGAUUUAAGUGUUGCCAUGUAGUCAUUGUAGUUCAUGUAGUGGAGACAGUUGAGUGCACAGCACUGACACUCACAGCAGUGUUGGUAGUUGGUAAUAAAUGAACUGUUUGAAGGCUAAGGCAUCUGAAUUUAAGAAAUCUGAGCCUUAAUCUGAAAUCACAAUCACCAAUUAGGCUAUUAUGAAUCACUGUUACUGUUUGUUGUAGUAUGGGCUGCAUUAUGACUGUGACUGUGUGGUUGUAUACUAAUGUAUAUGAUAAUCAUCUGAUUAGUAUUCAUAGUAUUCCUGCUACUAAUAGUAAUACUGAUCUAAUAAAAUAAGGGAAGCAUUAUACUGAUACACAGUUGGCUGGGAAUAACUCUCAGCAUUUUCCCCAGCCGAUACAUGGUUUACUAUGAUGGUUAACAAUUAAAAAAACCAAACAUAUAAGCAUUAUGGGCUGUAAUGAAUCUAUAAUUUGUUUUAAUUUUAACAGACUUUAUAAUUAAUAAUUAUGAUAAACAGUCAGCUGGAAAUAACCCUUAAUGUUUUUUCCAGCCGACUGUGAAUAAUGAUAAUCAUAAUGUUCAGCAUAAUUCCAAGCUGAUAAAUGGUUCACUACUGACUAGCUCAACAAUAUUCCCACCUGACUGAAUAAUCACUCCCAUAAAAUAAAGACUAGCCUAUUAAAAAUUACUUAAUUAAGUUACUGUAGUGUGGUAAAUUUCAUCCUUCGCAUUUAAAGAUGAACACAGCUAUAUUUGACAAUAAGUAGGUAGGUGUCUUGCCAUUUCAAUUUGUGCCUGGAAAACUUGUUCUCAUGUAGGACACAUGUGUCUAGGGGUCCUAGAUGGAUUGGAGCAAUUCUGCUUUCCUUGCUGUGCACUUUUCUUUGGUCAUGAGCGAUACAUUUACUUUCUGAAGAUUGUGCUCCCAACAGUGUGAGUCUGCCUCACCAGCUUGUGCAAAUGAAAGCAAAUGUUAAUCAUGUGUUCAUGUUGUUGUUCAUGGAUUUUGAAGGACAGUUUAAGACAGUCUUCAAAGUGUUUAUUUCUGCUCAUGAGCUGAGAGUUUCCCUCAGGACAAUUCAUUUUACAUUAGUUUAUUGUAGUACUUUUGCAUCAGAGACAUAGUCCUGCCACCAAAUGAAAAUGUCAAGAAUUUUGUUUAAACAGAAUUGAUGGUUUAAAUUUCUAGCAAGUCUAAUGUACACAGCCCAUGUCUCACUAUCGUAUAGGAGAGUUGUUAAUAUAACUCCCCUUUGUACCUUGAGGGUAGUGAUAAGACGGAGACUUACAAGGCUUCACCCGGGGGUCUUAAGGUUAUUUAAAUUUAGCCUUAAUACCAUUGUAGUAAGGGCCUAUUACAACUAUAUACUUCUUAUUAUUAAUUAAACAAGACUAAGGCCAGGGCAUAAAUAAAAAGUCAAAUUUAAGUAAUUUAAUUAAUUAGUCUUAGAGGUCAUCCAUAAAUGAUGUCAUACAUCUGACAUCUGUGGGGAGCAUGGGUCACUCAUUUGUGAUGAUCUAUUAUGAGGGUGUCUAAAUUUUGUAAUAAAUUUGUGACCAUAUCAGAAUCUGUCACAAUAGCCUGACAUUACUUAUGGAUGGUUCCUAAAUAUAAUAAAUAAACUUAAAAUAGGUUUAUAAUUUUUUAAAUAAACUAAUAGCCUCUGCUCAUUCUAACACCUGCCUCAAUUUUUUUUAAAUGUAGAAGUGAUUAUAUAUAGUACAGUGAGAAACCCCUUGUACUACAAGCUGUUCUUACCAUGGCUACAAUUUAUCCUAGUUUUUAGAAAAUUGAUGUGUGUAUUUGUGUGUAUCUUGUUUGAUUUUUUAGAUUUUUGUUGCUUUGUACUGUUUGUGACUUUGUAGUCUAAUGAUAGAGUACACACUUGUAAUGGCUGCAUUUGAAAUUUUAAAAUAAAAAACAUGAAGCAAUGGUCUGUGAAGCAAACAGUAAGAGGACUUUUGGGUUAAUUAUUAUUUUUAAGUACAUCAUUUAAUUAUUUAACUUUUAUUGUAUUAUGUUUUAAAUGUUUAUUUACGUCACUUGGUGAAACUCUCAUUGUAUGUUCAGUAGAAGAAUUAGAAAAAGAACUGAACCAGCUGAGAAAAGAAAAAUCUGACCUCGAAACUGAUUUUGGACUGAAACGGGCCAAAUUUAGAGAGCUUUUUCUCCAAAAAGAAGGUAACUUUAAGAUAUCCAUGGGAUAAAAAUUUAAUGAAUUCAUUUUUUGUCAUAGGGAUUUAAAUAUGGCAUAUGGUCUUUCCAACAUAAAAGAUAGAUUGGUAAGGAACUAAGUAACCAAGCAUGACUUGCUUACAUCGAUCAAGGGAUCUUGUGCAAUAAUACCACUUAAUUAGGAAGUAAUAUUAAAAAUCUGAAAAUAUAAUUUGAUUAUAAUAAUGAUAUCACAGAUUGACACAUUUAGUUUGUACAAUAAAAUUUAAGUUGUUCAUAUGCAUUUAUUACCAGUCCUUCGCACCCAAGUACUGUUCAGGAUCUGUCAGUUUCAUAAACAGACACUGUGCCACUUCCAGUCUUUUCUAAGUAGUGUACUUGCCUAAAAAAGGCAAGACUGGCUCAUAAAAGUGUGUGUGCUAAUCAUCAAAAUGCGCACUCUCUCCCUUCCCUAUUUCUACAUGCACUGGUAAUUGUGGAUUCUAGUUUGAGGGGAGCUCAGUACUUAUGAUCAGCCGUGAAACAUAAGUGUUGUAGUCAUUUAUUUAUGUAUCAUUAUCAGAUGAACUGAAAAAAGAGCGAGAGAGAUGUCAGACUAGUGAUGAGAAGGUGAAGGCAAUGGAAGAUGAGCUGGUGAACAUGAAGGAAGAAAUGGAUAAAGUGCGUUGGGAACUGGAGGGUGUGAGGACAGCAGCAGCCAUGUCAGAGAGCAAUAAGCAAGAAGAGUUGAGCAGUAUAAUAGCCAAUUACCAGCAAGAGCUAGCAAGCUUACAGCAGCUAUUAAAAGGUAGGUCUUUAUGAAUUAGUAACUAACAGUUGUUGAGUGUUAAAAUGGAACUUAAUUCUGCACUGAUGUUUGAAUGUUCUGACAGGAUGAGCCAUGGAAAAUUUGUUUAUGAGUUACUCACCUCCUUGUGAUUGAAAUUUAUUAGCAUACAGAGUCACACACACAAAUACUUUUAUUAAAUGUCCUUCAUGGUCAGCACUGCAAGACUAAUAAAGCCAAAGGUCUGGCGACAGUUUUCAUAUUUGUAUUUUUUUUUCUUAUGACUCAAAAUCUUGGAUUAAAAUUGUUUGGCACGCUAUUCUAUUGAAGUAUUUGGAAAACUAGUGUCUGAUGUAGUGUGCAAGAGAAUGAUUGUUGUUAGAUAUAUAAUUUGGAUUACAAUGUAGGUGCUAUCUUAAUUCAAAUUGGCCUAUAUUAUUUAAUUGAAAUGCCCCUGAAACCUUUUUUUUUGUUAAAGAACAAAUCUAUGAAUUUAGUUCAAAAUUUGGCAAGACAUGCAUAUUAAAUUUCUUGUUUGUUAUAUGUAUAUAUGUAUAUAUGUAUAUAUGUAUAAAUAUGUAAUAAGUCUUGUGACAGCCAUUCUAAAAUCUAAUGUCUUAUUUUUGAAACUUGGGAUAAAAACAACAUAACCAUAAUUUGAGUUUCUCCUACCACUUUCAGCUCUGAAAUUAGAAGUAAUCACUCAAUAAAAUGUUGUCUUUGGUUGAUAUCAAUAGAAGCAGCAGAGACCGCAUCUGACAACACAGCAGCCAGGUAUGAGUCUGAAAGAAACAAGCUGGUUUCACUUAAUGAAAACUAUGAAGAAGAAAUUCAAGAGCUGCGAAACAAGCUAAGUCAAGAAAGGUAAAUCAUGUUUUAAAAAAAUAUAUAAAUAACAUUAUUGUGAUUGUUAGUUCAUUGUUGUUCAGGGUCAUGUUGUUAUAUUAUUAUAAUUUAAUUUUCUGUCAUUUAUAAUUUUUUUAAAUUUUCAAAGGCUAGAAAUACUUAUUUUUUUGUGUAUGAAACACAAUGAAAAAGCUCUUAUCCUAGCUUAAUAUGAUAGUUGGGAACUAGAGAAAUAUGUACGAGUUGUGUUUUUAAAAAAAAUUUAAGCUAUAAAAUGACUUUGAAAACUUUUAACAAUAUUUAUUGUGAAAACUUUUAACAAAAACCAUAUUUAACUUUUAUUUUCAUCUUGAACUUUUGCCAACUGAAAUUAAAAUGAUAAUAAAAUUUAAGUAACGCAUCUAAAAAAAAAUAUCACAUGCAGCUCUUUGUUUCUUUCAGAGAAGGUUUUCUCUCAACAGUGGCCAAGUCUAUCAAACGUGUUGGAGGGUCGGCUAACACAAGCCUGGAGCAUGAAAAUCUUGAGGAAAGCAUGAGAAAGGUCAGCGGUUACUUCGCUUAUUAAUGUCUCUAUGUGAUUUUGAAAUGAACUUUAUUAUUAUUAUUUAGCGUAAAUGAAUUUCAGUGAGUCAGUGACGAUUAAUUAAAGUUGAUCAGAUGUAGUCUUUGUCAAGUUUUCUUUUCUUGUUAUUGUUGUUUUUUAAUGGUUUGUUAACUGGUGCAAUAAUUUUGUGAAUUAUACAUUUUUUCUGGGGGGAUUUAGUUUUAGUUCAAAAUGACAGAUUUAAAAAUACCAUUGUGGUUGGCUGUAGUAAAAUCAUCUAUUUAAACGAACUUAACUUUCAUGGUGUAAAACAAACUAAAUGUUUAAGAUUUGAAGGAGGUUCAGCCCAGUUUAAAAACAUAUAAAAUCUAAAGAUUAUAAUUUAAAUUGCUUUCUGAUAUUAAAAAAAUUAUUUACCUAAGGUAUUUUACAUACUUUCAAGGUUUUUUUUCAAUAUACAUAUGUUAAGAUGUUGGCCACUUUGGAAAUGCAUACAUUUUAAAAGAAGAAAUAAAAUAAUUGUUAAUAUAUGUUGAAGCAGCAUUAUCACAUCCAAAAACAUUUAUCCUAAGGCCCAGGAAGAUGCUCAGAUCUUGAAAUCAGUGGUGGUGCCCUUGGAAACAGAAAUCAAAGCACUCAAAGCGAAAUUGGAAGCCGCAGAAACAAAAAUAUCUGAAUACCAGAAAAAACAUCAGGUAUUUCAAAUAAUUAUAAUUUUUUUUUAAUGUUUAUUUUUGUAGUAGAUAUUACAGAUUUAUUUUUUUUAUCUAUCAUGUUAUUUUAUGCUCCCAAUGGCUCGUGUUACCUGUUUCAGAACAGUCCUGAGAGAGAUAGAAAAUCACCAUCUCUUCCUGACCUGGAUUCCAUAUCGGACUUGCAUGAGAAAGUGAGUGAGAUUUAUUCUUGUUACUUCAAACUUGUCUACAAUCUAAAAAUGCAUUUAAAACUAAUAAAAACUUAUUAAGCAUUACUGAUCCCAUCAUUAAAACUGUUCAUUUCAACCCCCCCACCCCACCCAAAACUAAUCUUAAAUUGUUUACUUUGAAAAUACAUUUUUCACUAACACACCACCAAAACCAAAAAGCUCACCAAACCAAACAUAACCUUUUAUUGUGUAAGACAAGUACUGAGAUAGAACUCAAUGGUCAUCAGCAAUGUUUAUUUCUGGACUGUGGUGGCACAAUCUUUAGAUGGACUGGGCUGCAGUUGUUACAAUUUGUUGACUUUUCUUCAGGUUGAGAAGCUGUACAGUAUUCUUAAAGCAGAAAAAGCUGCCAGAACAGAUCUAGAGAUGUAUGUUGCUGUGCUCAGCACUCAGAAAUGUGUGCUGCAAGAUGAUGCUGACAGAGUCAGUGCCCAACUGAAAGAAGGUGAACUUAUAGUUAGUUUUGAUUGUUCUUGUCAUUUAGUGCCAAAUUAUUGUUCGACAACCAAUCGACAUCCUUACCAAUCUUCACACAAACUUUUCAAACAUUGAUAUAUUUUGUAUAAUAUUUGUAUAUUCUCUGUUUAUAAUUUUGAAUGAUUGCAGAAUAUUGUCCUAAGGCUGUAGUUUAGCUAUAGCUCCAGAAGUUGUUUAAAGAUCAAUAACCGAAAGCUUUGUUACAUUCACAGUCUGUAACUUACUUGAAGAAGAGAAGCAGUCCCAUGAAGCUCUCAAACAAACCUGGCAGAUGGCCAAUGACCAGUUCUUGGAAUCACAGAGACUUAUGAUGAUGGAUCUCCGGCGGAUGGAAGGUGUUCUCACAACAGAGCAACAAAGGCAAAUAGCAGGUGGGUGUAAAAUAACUAGGUUAAAGGUGUCUAUGAUGAUUCUCUGCCGCCACUUCACCAUCGCCAAUUCACCGCUGCCGUUUUGCCACUGCUGUUAGCUGGCUCCGGGCCAUUUUGCUGACAGCAAUUUUGGAGAUAAUGAUAAAGAAAUUAUUUUAAUUCUAAAGUGAUAAUUUGAAGACACGGGUUAUUUAAGAGAUCUACAACCAUAAAGUCUUGUACAACACAGAUCACAAAAGAGAUCAAAAAUUCGUUUUUAAAAAACAAAAUAACUAUUUGAUUGAAAAUGUCAACGCUAUUCGCAAGGAAGAGGAAAACCAUGCAUUGACAUGGCCCUGUAUAAACAUGAUCCGAUUUUCAAACCACAGUUAUCUCGCGUUAUGGCAGGGUUCCACUUCACUGACACUGACCCCACUUGUGUUACCAUACUCUGUCAAAAAUGCGGGGGGGGGGGGGGGGAAAAGCAUAACACCAUUAGGUACUGCACCACUCCUCCAAGUACUCAGAGAUGUUUUAUAUGGCCAAACCUAUAUAUCAGAGGAUGAACUGUGUCACAGGGGUUGGAAUAAUUUUCUGUAUAUUUUUGUACACCAAUGAUCCUUGCCAUGGGCAUUGCAUAUAAUAAUACAAAUUAAAGAAAGUGGGAGUUCGGAUAACCACCAUUUCUCAUUAUCAUAGUUCGGAAAAUUGAUGCUCUACUAUAUUAUCCCUUUUGAUUUUAAAAUAGUUUCUGUAUCUUGGUCUGCAAAAUGGCAGUUGACGAAAUGUCCUGUCUGCGAAAUGGUGGAAGCAAAAGGGUGACAGAGAAUUGUCUUAUCUCCGGUGCAUACAAUGGAGGCAGGUGAAUGUGUCCAGUAGGGAUAGAUGAAUAUAUUCUUGGUUUGUAGUUAUUUUUAUGGUGGUGUUUCAUGGAUGGCCAGGGGACGGAAAUUUAGGUUGGUUUCAAUGGCAGUCAGUUGAGAUUUUUCUAGUUUGGUUUAAUGAAAAGCUGUGGAAGGAAAGUUAAAUAUGAUAAGCUGACAUUAGACGGGAAAUAUAUUGUCCCCAUUUACACACAUGACACUUGGCAUCAUAAUCUUUUGUUCUUCACUUUUGGUGCAAGAUUGUUUUGAGAUUAUUGUGUAGGAAAGUAAUGGGUAAUAAAUUUUUAGUAUCCUUAAUAGAAAAAAUUUGUUACGUUUAUUUAAGUUUUUUUGUUUUCUAUUCAUCAUUCACAAAACAACAUUUAUUUGUGAAUUUUCCUGCAGCUUUUGCCUCCUGUUGCAUGAUGUGUCCUGUUGAUUUGAUUUGAUCUGCAGAUGAAAAUAGGGCUAGUGCCAUUGAAAACUCUAAAAUGCCAAUAGUGGUUUUGGAUAACUGUUUAAAUGACUCUGGCUCUGAAGGGAAUAAGAAGAAAAGUAAGAAUAAAACCAGAACAAGGAAGCAGCAGCCAAAUGAUGGACCUAGUAAGGCAACCCCACAACCCAGUACAUUACACCCUUCCCAUCCUUCACUUUUCUCUCAAAAGCAGAUGCUAAUCUGAACCAGCUGCCCAGAUUUUGUCAGAUGUUUAGAUACAGUUAAAUAAAAUUCACUUAAAAAAAAAAAGUUUUGAGUUUUAAAAGAAAAGAAUAAAGCUAAGGAGAGAACCAAAAAAAAAAAAGAAAGUAGAGCAAAGCUGUCACUGACACAUUCUCUUAUUUUCAUUUUGGAAGAGCUUUUUUUUUCAGAGUAUUUUGACAUAGAUAAUUUUUUAACACAUUUAAUACUAUGUUGAUAUAUUAGGUCUUAAGAAAUUUUGUGAAGACCAUAGCCCAUAUUUGAUAAGUUCAUUGAAAUGCUUAAAAAAAGAAGCAGAAUUGAGAAAUCUUUGCAUAUCAUGGAUGUGUUUUCUUUUACUCCCUUAAUUUUUGUCAUGUUUUAUUUUCUCCAUUUUAAUAAUUACAUGAUUAAAAAAUUGGAAUUCUAUUUAAAUGUGCACACAAGUAUAACACUACAGGGACAAUAUCUCAUUGGGUGGAAGGAACACUUGUGAAAUACCCCAAAAUGUUGACCAUCCAAAAAAAAAUUCCUACAAAAAUAGAUCUACUUAAAUAAUCAUAAAUGAAAAGGGAAAAUGUAUGGGAGGCUGUUACAUCAAAUGUAUGGGAGGCUGUUACAUCAACUUUUGAUUAGUGGCUAGAACUUCACAGCAAAUGUAUGCACAGCCUUAUGAACUCUCCUUUACCAUCAAACCUUUUUUUGAAUUGCUAUGUGUUGUUAAUAUCUUAUACUUAUAUACCUUUUCAUGGGAAUCUCAGUUGUGUUGGUAAUAUCUUGUAUACCUUUUCAUGGGAAUCUCAGUUGUGUUGUUAAUAUCUUGUAUACCUUUUCAUGGGAAUCUCAGUUAAAGCAGAGAACAUAUUGUGUCCAUUAAUAUUUGUUCUCUUUUACCACAGUCAAACCCACUUCUUACACGUCAAAAACUAAUUGUUAUUUUUAAAAAGUUUGUUAUUAGUCAUUAAGAUUAAAAUCUCAUGAAUUCAUUAUUAAAAGCAUCAAGAGUUUUGGUAUCCUGAAACGUUUUUUUAUUAAUGUUUACUUUAUUUUGUUUUCUCCUGCCAAUCCCAUCCAUUGCUGACCCACUUAUCCCCUUAACUAAGAUUGAUUUUAUUUUCCCAUUAACAUAUUGAACCAAAACUCUCUCCAUGACAACACACAACAUCCCCCCCCCCCCAAUCACUGUUAACUGAAAUCUAUUACUGUUGACAAAAUUAAAUAUAAUGACCCAAAUGGGAGAAUAGUGUAACAGACAAAUACUUGAAUUGUUCCAAUAACUUUAAAGUUAUUCAAUAGUCAGUUGUGCUAAUCACAAAAAAAAAAAAACAAGCAAUACUUGGGUUGUUCCAGUAUCCAAAGAUUCGCCAAUAGUUGAGCAAAACAGAAGUUGUUAGCAACCCAUGCCACUGAUGACAUUUCAUUAUUGAAUUUUUUUUUGUUUAAUUGUGCGACAAAAUAAUUAUGUGUGACUAUUUUAUGAGUUGUGUUUUGAUAUUUUUUAACUUGAUGCUCCCCCUCUCCUCCAUUGCCGUUGUAGAAUUACAGCAGAAAGAUGAGGCCAGAGAGGCCCAAGAAAAGAAAGUCAAGGAGUUGGAAGAGAGGAGAGUGAAGCAAGAACGGGAGCAGGAAGAGAGAAGGAAAUUAAGUCAAAGCAGAAUAGGUGAACAUUUUUAUGUUUUUUAAAAGCUUUGUUAUACAACCUCCACAGUAUAAAGUCCAGUAUAAUGUGUGUGCAUGUGUCCACUGAAAUGUGUUUACAGAGAUGACAGCUCUUAUUAUACAAUCUCUAAAGUAUCAAGUCCAGCAUAGUGUGGUGUGUGUAUGUGUCCACUGAAAUGUGUUUACAGGUAGUCAUGAUAAAAAUGGUUUCUGUGUGCAUAGAUGGGUGGAGGUUUCAAUGAGACAAAUUUCAACCCAUUUUAACAUUUUAAAAUCUUGUUUCCUGUGGUGCAAUGGUAACAUUGUCUGUGGUGCAAUGGUAACAUUGUCUGUAGUGCAAUGGUAACAUUGUCUGUGGUGCAAUGGUAACAUUGUCUGUGGUGCAAUGGUAACAUUGUCUGUGGUGCAAUGGUAACAUUGUCUGUGGUGCAAUGGUAACAUUGUCUGUGGUGCAAUGGUAACAUUGUCUGUGGUGCAAUGGUAACAUUGUCUGUGGUGCAAUGGUAACAUUGUCUGUGGUGCAAUGGUAACAUUGUCUGUGGUGCAAUGGUAACAUUGUCUGUGGUGCAAUGGUAACAUUGUCUGUGGUGCAAUGGUAACAUUGUCUGUGGUGCAAUGGUAACAUUGUCUGUGGUGCAAUGGUAACAUUGUCUGUGGUGCAAUGGUAACAUUGUCUGUGGUGCAAUGGUAACAUUGUCUGCCUUCUUGAUCGAACGUUAGUGGGCUCCAAUCUUUCCCCCAACCUGUUGCUAAAUACUCAGGUGGAAUGGACUUGUUAACCUAUCUUAUAGUUAGUCGGCCUAUCUUAUAAUUAUUAUCUUAUAAUUAUUAUCUUAUAAUUAGUUAACCUAUCUUAUUAUGAGUUAACCUAUCAAGGUAGCGUCUCUUGAACACAGCUGUUAAGCCUUUUCUCAUGGAGGGGGUAAAGCCUUAAUUCAGUCCUCAACCAUCAAAGCUGGAAGACGGCAACAAACUUGGUGGGGGAUGAAAAAUGGGUUGUAUAUGAGAAAUGGCCGCUCCAAUAAUCAGGAACAUCAAAGAAACUGUGCAAUUUUGUAAUAUAUGGUGGUUGGUAGACGAUGUGGCGUAUAUUCAAAUAGCUUUUUAGCAUGAAAUGUAAUAUUUUAUUUCUAUUGUUAGCUGGAAGAGAUUCAGACAGUGUUCCAUUUAUUUUAUCAUAGAAUCGCCAGCCUUGAAUAUUUUCUAUUGCUUUGUUCAACAAAAAUCAAACAACACAACUAUUUCUUUUCAGAAGAAGAAAGAAAACGUAUGGUAAGUCACGCUUUUUCUUUUUACCCAGAGAACUGUUACAGAGGACAGAAGAGGGAUAGAUGGUUGUUUUGUACGGCCAUGGGGGACAAGCUCAGCUCAUGCGAUGUGUCGGGGGGGGGUGAGAAAGCUGAGAAAUAGGCUUUUGUUUCUUUGGAGUUGUGUUAGAAAUUGUGGUUAGACAUAGCACUUAGUUUAUAUGUGACAGUUUGUCAAUUUGACCUGAGCUUUUUCUUUUUACCCAGAGAACUGUUACAGAGGACAGAAGAGGGAUAGAUGGUUGUUUUGUACGGCCAUGGGGGACAAGCUCAGCUCAUGCGAUGUGUCGGGGGGGGGGGUGAGAAAGCUGAGAAAUAGGCUUUUGUUUCUUUGGAGUUGUGUUAGAAAUUGUGGUUAGACAUAGCACUUAGUUUAUAUGUGACAGUUUGUCAAUUUGACCUGUAAGACAAACCACACUCUGGUGCACCUCUGAGCACCUGUCACGGCUCAUUGACAUUCAGCCAGUGUGUAUUAGUUUAUAUUAGGAUCGAACUUCAUGGCGUUUUACUUUGCACGGUAGCUCCAUACAACAUGAAGUUGGCAGAACAGUGGCUGCAGAGUGAAAGAGACAUGCAAGGAAGACCUGGUCUGACUCUGCUCCCGGAGAUGCGCCAUCAUUCCCCUGCACCUACUGCACAAGAGAAUUUUGUGCCAGAAUCGGCCUUAUUAGCCAUCUGCGCACCCACAGACAGAACUGCACAAACUCUGAUGAUUAAAGUGGUCAUGGUCGACUUCCGACUGACGAACAACAUACAACAUUAGUUUAUAUGUGACGGUAAAUUUGACCUGUAAAACAAACCACACUCUGUAGGUGCACCUCUGAGAACCUAGCAUGGUUCAUUGACAUUCAGCCAGUGUGUCUUAGUUUUUAUAUCUGUUUGACUCCAUUUCCUGAACAGGCAACAACAUCACAACCACACUGUAACAACAUACAUAAUAAUGAUAUAUAUGUAACAUCAGAGAUGCAUGUAUUGUAACAAUAUACAUAAUAUCAAUGAACAUCAACAACACAGCAGACACUGAUACUGUAACAGCGUACUUAUUAAGAUGUUUCUCUUUGUUGUCUAUUUCAGGAUACAAUUGUUUUCUAUUGUAAGUUACAAUCAUUGUCUGUUGUAGGUUACAAGCAGGGGCAACAGUUCCCCGUUUGAAGUCUUGGCCUAUGACACAGAGGGCGCCACUGCUACAGUUUCACCAAGCUCAACAGAGGUCAGGCGGUCUGCCUCCAGCUCUGACAUCCACGACGGUUUUGAGGGUGAUGAUGAUGCCAUAUUUCUGGACAGUGGACUCCAUGAGACCCGCUCCUUGAAUGAGGCGGACGGUGUUUUAAGUGGGUUGAUAUGUUUCUCCAUGACUUUUUGAUCAUAAGUAUGAGCGUUGGUUAUUUAUUCAUCAGAUGUGUAGUCAAUGAAAACAUGUUUUUUAAUUUUAAAAAAAUUAUCAUCUGCUUUGUUGAUUCAUCAGGAGGGAGCAUGGAUAGUAUAGAAGGUAUGACAACCAUUCGGAUCAGCCCGGAGAAGGUCUUAAAUCUGCCAUCUCUAACAGCAGCUCAGUUGAAGGCUAUCACUGGUGAGUUUUGGGGUGGAAACUUGAGCUUGGCCAAGCAGGGCAAAUGAAAGAGAUUUUGUUGUUGGUUUCACACAGUAAUCUCUUAUAAUAUACAGAUAUUUGUUUGUUUGUUAAACACAGUACUCUCUUAUAACAUGCAGACAUUUUGUUGUUUGUUUAACACGGUAUUCUCUUAUAACAUGCAGACAUUUUGUUGUUUGUUUAACACUGUAUUCUCUUAUAACAUGCAGACAUUUUGUUGCACAGCUACUUACUCCAUUUGGCUGAUGAGUUUUGAUGGCAGGAGAGCUUAUAGUUACAAAUAUUUCAGUCAAAAAAACAAAAUAGUCCUGUGUUUUCUUACUAUUGAAAUAUGACUGUAUCUGCAGACCCCACACCUGAAACCGAGGCCUAUAAAUCACUUGUGGCUGGAGUUAAAUCCAAACCAUCUACAGGGAAACUCAAUUUGGAAGGCAAAAGAUUGGUCAGUGAAAAGGAAUGGGCCCUGCUGCAAGAGGAAGUAAGUCCAAAAGCAUACAUUUCUCAUUUAUUUCUUCUUUCUCUUGGUGUAAUGUAUGCCUAUAUAUCAUCUCUCCAAACUUGCCAGUAAAAAAUGCAGAUAGAUGCACUUGUUGAUAUUUGAGUAUUUUUUACUUUACAAAGACGGUAUUUCUGGUGAAACAGACCUAUUUACCCUCAAACUCUUAAAAUCGUACAAUAUCAUUUACGUUAUCUUUAUAGUAAAAAAAAAACAACAUACAGUAUAUAUAAUGUAAACACCUCCAAAUCAUACAUUGUACGCCAAAAUCGUAAGAGUAUACAGGUGUGGUGAAAUGAAGUUAUGCGUAGAGUUAAAUUAUGCCAAACUUUUUUUGACUUUGAUUCCAAAUCUCUAGAUGAAGACAGCCAGAGAGAAACUGGGAAGACCGUGUAGCAUGUGCAAGAACUAUGAGGCGCAGCUUCAGACAGUGCAGGAGGAGCUGAAGAACUUCAAAACAGAGAUGAAACGCACAGAGAGGUCGCUGGGCACAGAGCAGCAAACCAACAAAAACUUAGUAAAGUACCAGUCAGAGUUGGAGGAGGCCCUGAAAAAUGCAGCUGAAGAUGCACAGUCUCAGGUAAAAGCACAUGUGUGAAACCAAGGCUGUGAUUUUUCAUUCGUGUGUGAGUGUCAAGUAUAUAAAUUCUGAUUGAAAAAUGUCCACAAUAAUUAACCAUUGAUCACAUUGAUCAAUUUAAAGGUGCAUUUAAUUGGUAUUUUUAAGUAUUUUGAAAUUGUUGCUUUGGUCUUAAUAUGUUUAUUUUGAACAGUUUUUAAUUGUAAGAUACAAAACUUAAUUGCUAUUUUCUCUCCACAAUUUUUUAUCAGCUAAAUAAAAUCCAGAGCUAUCUCUAAGAGGAAAUUAUUGCAUUUUCUAUUGCCAUCCAUGUUUCUAGAGUAUUGAACCUGAACCAUUUUAUGGCCCUUCAUCAUUAGGGGUGUGCCGGACCCCGGUCCGGAAUCCGGUUCCGCCGGAUUUUGCACUAUCCGGUGAAAUCCGGUUCCGCCGGAUUUACAUGUAUCCGGAACAACCGGAUUCAUUUCGGAAUUUGCCAGAUUUUGUGACUCACCGGAUCAUAAUCUGAAAUAAAAGUAAUUCUCUUUCCCGAAUUUCACACGAUCACGAUACAUUAAUCGAUUGUUUCGAGCGGUGAGCUUGUUUAAUGUUUAAUAUUCCGUACAUACCAGAGGCUAGAGUCAGCACCGCUAAUAGUGGCCAAUAGUGUAGGGACUUUGAUAAGAAAAUUUAAACUUUUUGUAAAAAUAAACCAAUGGCAUAGUUGAAAAGAUGUAAUUUUUUAAAGAAUUAUAACACCAAAAUCAUAUUUUUAGCUGUUGUAGUUUUAAAGUUAUGAAUUUUUAAAGUACGACUUGGUUUGUCAUUUUUUAACAUGGACUGCAUCUCCACAUUCUGUGAUCUCAUUCCACCAAUCCCGUCAUGCGCAAUGACUAUAUAGUUUAUAUAAGGCAACGCAUUCCCUGCCUUAUCACUAAAAUACUGUUUAGACUUAGUUUAAACUUUCAACUUUGGCACAUGAAUAAUUAAUUAAAGCUUUCCCUGACCAAUGGUUUAAUAGUUUUUGCACACGGCAAACUCUUAUGAAUGAAACUCUGAGGUAGUACUACGAUACAGUUAUGCAAGUGGCUGUGAAUGGUUGCCAAUGACAACGUGUUGCACACGGUAAAUUCUGAUCAUUUAUAAUAUGGAUUCUACCGGGUUGUUAAAGCUCAAAUUAAAACAUUCCAGUUUAAAUGUCUUUAAAUGCAUUCUGAAACACAAGUUAUCAAUUAUUUUGAUGUAAAUAGUGAUAAUAAAUUAAUAUUUCCUAAGUAUCGUCAACUUCCGCCAUUAAAAAGGGGGGCGUGGCCAACCCCAUGGCGAAAUUAGGUUGAGCGAGCUGCAUAACCUGCUGCGAACGCGUAGAAACAUGGCGUCUCUCGUAAGACACUUAUCCAAAUGGAACGGAACUCAAAUAUAUAUCGAAAGUACUAAUUUAAUAAUAAAUAGACACACACAUCGGAAAAUUAAAAACUCGGAUUUUUUGGCGCCGAUUGCGAAUUCCCAUACACAAAAAGUAGUAGUCCACCUUGACUUACCGAAGUAUCUACCAAUAGUACCAAAAUCCGGAAUCCGGGAGAAACCGGAAUCCGGAUCCGGCGGAUUUCGCAUAAGAAAAUCCGGAUCCGGUUGGAAAAAACGGAUCCGGCACACCCCUAUUCAUCAUUAAAAGAAAUUCAGUGGAGAAAUUAAAUUCCAUCAAAUCAGCUGUAAACAUUUAAUUUUUUUUUUUUUUAAAUUAUUUUUGUCUCAUGAAGAUAUCCCAUCUGACCAGCAAACUGAUUGAUUGUGAGAAAUAUGUGAAAGAUAUGAAAGAUCAAAUUUCUCGUACACACUCGCAACUCCAGGAUCACUGCGUGAGUUGGUUUUGUUUGCAACCUGCCUUUAUAAUUAGGUUGCCACUUAGCUAAAGUCAACGACACUCUUUUGAUUGAUUUAAUGAAUUAUUGGAUAGGAAAAUUACUUAAAACCAUUGAGCUGUUGAACUUGUCUUAGAUCCAUCAUCUUCUACUAAAAGAUCUGUGGUGCAAACAUAUUUUGUUUCUACUUUCAGAAAACAUUGAUUGAUGGAAGGCAUGAAAUUCAACUAGAGGUAACUGUGAUUUUUCUCUCCGCAUUGUUUCCACUCAUAUUGUUUAUGAUUUUUUUUUUUUAUUGUGGGGGGAAAAAAAAAAAAGACUCUUUUAAACAUUAAAGGUUUAAAAGAAUUAUAUAUCACUUUGUAGCAUAACACUGCAUGGCAAAACAUCGACAAGGAAUUAAAAGAGUAUUUAACACUGAAAGAUGUUUAACAUAUUAUGUUUUUAAUGGGACACAGCACUAACAAAAAGUGUACAUUCAAAUACUAAGGAAAGAAUUUGAAGCUAACUAGAAUAAUGUUUCUCUGCUGAAAGUGUCUGUACAUAGACAGGUAAUCAAUUGAGCCACUCAUUCCCCAAAUCUGGUCUCAUUUGACUUUAAAAACAAAACAAGAAAAGUUAUAUUGCGCUUGAAUGAAACAGAAAAGGUAUAUUGCGCUUGACUGAAACAGAGUUCUCACACUGAACAUGUUAAAUGGACAUGUGUUGUAUAUUAACUUCUGUAGACUAAUAACUAAUAAGUUAAAAAAAAUUUUAAGAACUAAAAAAAUUAAUAAUUUUUUAUACUGAUAUGAAUUUUUUUUUUAUAGUGCUAAAAAGGAUUUUAUAACAUACAAUUUUUAUAUUUAUAUUUUAAUUUCUUGACAAAUUAUUAUUUAUCUCUUUGAAACAGCUGACUAAACUUCAGGAAGAAAAUGACAGCCUUGUGGACAAAUACUCAAAAACAGCUCAACAGCUACAAAAUGAAGACAUUAAUUUACCCAAUAAUUUAGAGGUAUUUAAUUUAUUCACUGUUGUCUCAAUUCUGUCGUCUCGCCAUUGUUUCAGUAAGCAUUCUAUCUUAAAUAUUUUGCAUGUGAGAAGUGACUAGUUGAUAUGUGCUUAAAUCAAGGUGGCUGGUUGUCAUUUGUAAGCAAUGGCAUAUCCAGAAAUUUUUAUGAAACAAAAAUUUGUUUUAACCCUUUACGGGGCAGAGCGGCCGAAAACGUCUUUACCACUUAAAGGGCAAAACGGUCAUAAAGCGUCCGUGACCACAUAGUGUUGUUUUCUUGUGACCUCCGAGGCUUUGCGAGACUUCCUAUUGUUUACAUCCGGUUUUUCCGAUAGCUAAAUAGAGUAGGCGCCAGUUACAAGUAUUUAAUCGAUUUUUUUUGUAGUUUUAGGGGUUUAAACAAAAAAAUUUUUCGAAAUGGAUUUUGCCGAUUAUUUGCCUAUUAUUCAAGUGAUAGCGGAGAUUUGGCUGGAUUCAAUUUAAGUGACAUUUAAGUGCACGAAUUGACUGUAAAUUGGAACUAGAUAUUAAUAUUAUUAGUAAUAUUAGUGAAAUCAGCGUAGUAAGCAGUGUUGAAUUUUACAAACUUCGAUUUUGUGACAGUGUUUGUCAAUAAUGAAUAGAUGACUCACAAUCACAAACAAUGUGUUGUUUUUUUGCAAAUAUUUGUGUUCAUAUGAGGAUUAAUGGCAAAAUGUGAGUACAAUAAUAAAUCUGUAUUCAUUUUCCUUUUUAUUUCAUGCAAAUUUGUUGACUAACACCUUAGAUUUGAUUUUUUUUGUAACGUAACCCUAAAUCUUAACUAAAAAACGGAAAAGUGGUGCCUGUUCAGGACAUGCAAGAGGAAGUACCUCUGCCCCGUAAAGGGUUAAGGAAAAUUGUUCAACUGAAGUUUGUUGGAAUGAAAGUUUGUACCAAUGUAAUUUGUGUGAAGGGAAGUUUGUUCAAAAUUGAAUUUGUGAAAUGGGGAUUUAUUUAUUUUUAAAAAAGGAUUUUUUAAGGGAAGGUGAGAGUGAGCAAUGGUGAAAAUGUAAAACUUUUUAUUAAAAUGUAUUUAUUUAUUUACAUUCCCCAUUAUUUAAUUUUGAAACAAACUUUCUAUCAAACAAAUGGCCAUUUGAAUGAAUUUACCAUCAAACUAACUUCCAUUAAACUUCUGUACUUUGAACAAACUUCCAUUAAAUUUCUGUCCUUUGAACAAACUUCCAUUAAACUUCUGUACUUUGAACAAACUUCCAUUAAACUUCUGUCCUUUGAACAAACUUCCAUUUAACUUUUGUCCUAUGAAGAAAUUUCCAUUAAACUUUUAUCCUUUGAACAAUCAUCUUACUUACAAAUUGUAACAGACUAUGUUUUCACAAGAAAACAGAGAGGUAGCAUGAGUGACGUUCAUGAGUGACGUUCAUUUUUGAGAACAAAUGUGAGCUCCACGUUUUUGGAGAGUAAAAUUAUGUUUUUGUCAGAGCGGUUGUUUUCCACGCUUUGCUGGAAAUUAAAGUAUGAGUUGACUGAGAUAGUCAGAGCUGAGCGCAGAGCAGUGGAGAACAGUAGAGUGAGAGCUGAGUUACGAGACAGUUGAGCUGAGUUGUAGCAGUGGGAGGACGUGUCUUUCUGAAUGAUGGAAUACUAUAUAUAUAUAUAUGUGAAAUUACAUUCAUGCAAGGAUUACUAUUAAUAUUAUCAGUAUAAAGUGUGUUCAAUAAAGUACUGUAAGUUUUAACCAGAAUUGAGUAUUCUUCUUUGCGUGCCUGGAUAAUAAGUGGAAGAAUGAAGAAGUCUUAGUCGGCAUCCUGAAGUAUUAACAUAAGUAACCAUACUACUGAAAUAACCCACUAAGUUACAAAUGAUGUCAGAGUAUAUGUGUUACACAAAUUUAUGACAACAAAACAAUAUUGACAACUUAGAAUUUUAAUGCUUAAGAAGAGGGUGAAAAAUAGUCCAUUUAAUCACUUGCAGGAGAUGCAGUUACUUUUGUUGAAAUACAGAGAGGAAAUCAUCUCAGCCAAGGUGGCAAAGGAACACAUAGAGGAGACACUGAAGAGCGAGAUUGUCUUUUUGAAAUCUCAGGUCAUGGGAGAGCAACAGGAGAAGACAACUCUUGAAGAAACACUCUCACAAGAAAUAAGCUCUCUUCAAACACAAGUUGGUAAGGUGGAGAAAUGAUUGUUAUUUUUUAAAUUUUUAUAUUGAGUAUUUAGAAAAAACAACAAAUAUUUAGAUCAUGGGGCACUUCUAUACAAAUUUGUAUGACAUUGUUAACUAUUGUCUGCAGGCUUGGAUACUAGAAUGCUGAGUCUCAUUGAGUUUUUUGACUACCCAAGUUUGUGUAUUCUUUAUCUAAUUAUAUAAGUCGCCUGCAGUUUCUCCCCUUAAAAUUAAAGUUGUUAACUUAAUUUGUGUGCAUUUGUGGGACCUAUGAUUGUUAAUGAAUUGAGAUAAGAAUUGAGCAAGAAGUUUACGGGUAUGUGAAAUUAGGAUACCAAAGCCUCUCUCACACAUCCCUUCGGGCUACCCUCGGCAGUUCUGUAUUACACAGACUCUGGGUAGUAAGAGCAUUUAUCUUGUGUUAUGUACUUCACCAUUUAUGUUGCCCUACAGCUGAACUUGAAUCCCUGAAGAAAGACCUGGAGCUGGAAGCCACGCUGAGAGCCGAGACAGAAACCAAGCUCAGGGAAUCGGAGUCUUCCUUGAAAAGCAUCCAAGCCAAAUCCAAACAGUUGAUAUCUAAAAUGCAGGAGAGGCUUGAGGAGAUGGAUAAGAGAAAGGUAGACCCUCUGUUUCCUGUUCAACUGUCAAAUAGUGGUGUCCGUAUGUCAAGAUAUUUGUAAUUUAUAGGCUUACCAGAUGUCCUGGUUUGACCAUUAGUUUAGCGUCCUUGUCCUGGGAUUUGAACCAAUUUAAAUUUCUUUUUGGUCCUGGUUUCAAGCUCCGUUUGGUAAAAAAUAUAUGUCCUAUCUCUAGCUAAACCCAGAUGAAAAGAUUUGAGAAAUUUAUGGUAAAUUUCCAGUGAAAAUAGCUAGGUUGUUUUUUUUUCUGACAUUUUUGUGUGUGGCUGUGACAAUGGAUAAUGUUCUCUGCUGUUUCAUUUUGUCUUUUUUUAAAUCUGAUCUUUAUUUUUUGUGAUACACAUAUGGAUAUGUUUCUGGAAAAAAAAAUCUUACACUUUGGAUUAUAAAUUUCUAUUUGUGUGACUUGAAUCGAGCAUUUUGCGAACAUUUGGUGAGAUUUUUAAUUUAAAAUGUGUAUUUUCCUUAAAUCAAAAUGACAUCUAUAAACUAAGAUUUAAACCUAAGUCUGUAUUGUCUGUAAAGAGCAUGCAUUCCCUGUUAAAUUCCUUUCCAAACUUAACAUUUUCUGAUGAAAAAGAAAAGGUUAUGAAGGUUUAGAGAUAACAUAAUAGUGCAUUACAAACAUUCAAAGUAGAUAAUUCCGUCAGAAUGAGUAAAAUAAUUCCGGAGACAAAGAGAUAAUGUAACUAAGCUAAAGACUGUCAAGUCCUAAGCUUGUGUUUGGCAACAUGAGUUUAUCAUUAAAAGUCCACAACAAAAUGAAGGCUUCUUUGAAUAUGAGGCCUGGGCAAAUUGUUCAUGACUACCACCCCCUUCCCCCCAAAAAAUGACAUGGUGUUGGUAAUUACAUAAACAAAAAAUUGCCACCGGGGCACCUUAGCCCAUCUUUGGUAUGAUAGAAGUGGUGGUGUCAACGACCAUAGGUCAUGGUUUGCGCUAAUUAGAUGUUUUGACAGAAAGGCAUUUUUUCCAGUGCUUUCAGAGAACUGAUAAACAGACCAAAAUUCUCAAAAUGUAUGAAAAUUGACUUAGCUUGCAACGGAGCUUUGAGACUAUCCUCUGCUUCAUCUAAAAUAAUGCUAGGAUAAAAGAAAUGUCUAUUCUUAGUCACUGAGGCACUUCUUUUUUUUUUUUCCAGAGUAAACUUGAAUCUGAAAAUCACAUUUUGAGGAGUAAAGUCCAAGCACUUCAGGUAGAUCUAGACAACAGUGAGGCAGUUCAGAGGGACUUUGUCAAACUUUCCCAAUCCUUGCAGGUAACUAUAUAACAAGGCAGGUUCUGGUGAAUGCAAUAUUAGUUAUUUCCUUCUUUGCAUGGAAGAGGUCUUAUGUGCCUAUUUCUAAUGCAUAAAUCGUUAACUCAUUCCCGACUGUUAUGACUAAUUGUUCCAUGGGGGGUUCCGACGGAUGCAUCCAGAUGCGUCCCGGCGCAUAGAGACACACCUCUCUCAGUUUAGUUUAAAGUAGCAAUGAAAUCUUGUGUCUCUCAAGACUUCUGAUAAUGGUGUAUUUAAAAAUAUCUGAUGUUUUUUUUUAUAUUGUUUCACUUGCUUGUGUGCUUUAGUAUGGUGCGUAUAGCUAGCACGUUUUCAUCCAAGGGGCAAAAAAAUGAUUCUUAUGUCAUUGCUUGUUAGUUGUUCGUCGUUAAUGUUAAAUUUUUAUUAAACAUGAUUCAUUUCUGGGUGCAUUUAUCCUUAAUUCAUAAUCUUAAUUAAUAUUUAGCAGCUAAAAAUAUAUUUUACAAAUGAAAAUUGAUGGCAAAAGGGAGUUGCUUUCCUUUGUUCGGGAAUAUUAAGUACUGUCGUCAGGGAUGAGUGAAAGGAGUUAUUCCUUUUUUAAAAUGUAUAAAUCCUAUUGAAAAUAUUCUUAACCUAUACAUUAAAAUGAAAGUUUUUCACUUUUUGUAACUUUUGAGUUAUUAAUCAUUGUAAAAAAAAAAUGUGUGAUCCGUGUCACCAAGGGAAAUUUGUCACACAGAUCAUGUAUAAAAUUGUGUUGUCCAGUGACAUGAUUUUAUUUUUGCAUAAAACCAUUUUUGAUACUUGGACAAAGCUACCAUUAUUUCAAAUAAUUUAUUUUUUUAACAACUCCCACACAUUAAACCCCCUAUCCUCUCUUCUCUUCCCCCCCCCCCCCUUUACAGACUCCAUCCCGGCACCCUCCACAAACCUCCUGGAUCCUUUAAUAUAAAGUUAUUUUUUUUACCACCCCCCCACAUUAAACCCCCUAUCCCCUCUCCCCUUCCCCCCCCCCCCCUUUACAGACUCCAUCCCGGCACCCUCCACAAACCUCCUGGAUCCUUUAAUAUAAAGUACUUGAAUGUCAGACACUAACAAUUUCAAUUAAAGCUUGACUGCACUGUUUUGUUUCCUCAAAAUGGGUCUUGUUAAUCUAGUUGAAAGCUUUGUCACAGUGCAACCACCUUAUAAAUAUUAUAAUUACUUGUCAACAGAUUCAGCUGGAGAAAAUCAGACAGGCUGAAAAUGAAGUCAGAUGGCAACAUGAGGAUGACGUUGAUGACUGUAGCAACUGUAGACAGCCUUUCUCUGUGACGAAACGCAAGGUAGUUACAAAAUUAUUCAUUGAAUCAAAAUUGACUACCGGCCCAGAAGCAGCAACCAAGAAUUUAUAAUACUUUACUAUAACACUGCAUAGCAGUUUAUCGCUAAAACAAGAUUUCUUGUUGUCUUUUUUGCUGCCAAAUGUUUGAUUUCACCUUUAUUUACCCUUUCUGAUGUUUAAAUAAUUGUACCUUGAUUAAAUUAUACGAGACUUUUUUUGUAUUUUAUCCUCAUCCUAAAUCACUGUGUUAUUUUAAAUGUUCCAACAGCAUCAUUGCAGACACUGUGGCAAAAUAUUUUGUGCUGACUGCACGACGAAAUCUGUGAACAGUGGGCCGCAUUUUCGCCCUGCCAAAGUCUGUGAUGUCUGCCACACCAUCUUGGUGAAAGAUGCUACUCCCUAUUUCAGCACCGAGCCCCCAGCCACACCUGACUAGCAAGCACCAUGACCCAUGUCUGUUAUAUUACAUUUAUUAAGUCAAUUUUUAUUAUAUAUUUUUUUUUUUUACAUAAGUAAAUAAGUAAACAAACAUUUUGUAUACAUUGGUUACUUUGGAUUUGACCAGUUUAAAAUGUGUUAUCAUGUCAUCGGCUGGCAUGGCCCAUGUCUACGUCAAUGUUUGUUCCCUGUCAACUUUUUAAUGUAUGAGAAAUUGGAUACAGUAUUUGUUAAAAAAAACUCCAUUAAACAUAGUGUUAUAAACCCUGAUUUCUCCAUCCUUGAGAGGCGGCUGUUCUAAUUCUACCGUCAGAUGAAUUCAGCUUGAAGAACUCUACUGCAUCUGUUUCGAACUGAUCAUUAUUAAUCAUUUGGCCAAGUCAGUGAAUCUACUUUCAUUUUGUGUUGCAAAUUGCUUGGGUAUGUAGCUGUAAUGGAGGUAAAUAUAAAUGUGUAAAGAAUGUCUGGAAUAUUGCUGUCCAUGAAAAAAAAUGUUUUUGUUCAUCAACUUAAUGAUAAAAUGAACUAAAGUAAAUAGUAAGAUUUAACUUAAGGUAGAUCAUCAUUCAGAUCCAAUAGUUAUUUAGGCAUGUCCCCUUUGACCCAACUUAAGGUAGAUAUCAAGUUGUCUGUGAAAUAGCAUAUUGAUAUUAACUUAUCAUAAAAGGUUUGAAAGUAAACAGUUCAGGAAAGUACCCCGCAUAUCUCAAACAUCUUGGUCUGAAAUGUACUGUUGUUACCAUUGUCAUUGUAAGCCAAUACCCAGGAACAUGUUGGCAUGACAACAAUUGUGCAAUAUUGUAGAUGAGCCCUUUCAUUGUGGCUUAUUUAUUCCAGCUUGAAUUGUACCUGUACAAUCUCUUUUUUUCACCAUUCAAACCUGCUCUGUGUACAUUUGUGUACAUGGGAUGUGUUUUAUGUGAGCAUUCAGUAUUCAUAGAAUAAAAGGCCAUUCUAAAGGCUGGCACUAUUCACAGUAGUUUGUCUUUUUUUUAAAAUAUUUAUUACAUAUUAAAAUUCCUGAUAUUAUUAAGUAAAUAAAAAUUGUUUUGUUUUACCAGUAUGUUUAUAAAAGUAAUGGUAGACGUGAAGAUCCAGAACAAUCUUAAAAAACAAGUUGAGCCAAAAGGAGAAUUACACUAGUUUUCAGCUUCAAGUGAAUUAAUUUAAAUGUGUGUUUCUUGUAAUAUCUGUUAAGAGCUCUGAGCACUUGUUUUUAUCCUGACAAAGACCUCAACAAACAUCAAGGAUAUAUGAAUAAAUGAAUACCAAAUGGUAUUGUAUGACAUUGUUGAGUGCCCUCAACAAUGAGGCAGUGUCGAGGAUUUUACAUAUGGUUGUACACUUGUGAUUUAAAUCUGUUCACUUAACGCAACAGAUUUAAAAAAAAAAAAGAACUAUGUGAUUCAUGCAUCAGAAAGUACCGUUUACAACAAAAUCCUUUGAAAGCCUUAUGUCCAUCUUAUGUGAAUGAUCAACUUUUGCACAGCUGUGAUCACUUUAGUAAUGUUUAACUUACUGAUGUAUUUGUAGUGCUUAAAAUCUCAGUAUGUUCAAAUCUAAUAUUAGUAUUUUUAGGAGUGCCAAGAAUCAUUUAGCUAAUCUGCAUUAGUUUAUUUUUCAGUCUUUGAUUAUGAUUUAUUUAAUGAUAUUAUGGACGCCUCGUUAAAUGUGUGUCAACAUUCUAUUUUACUGUUAGUUUUCAAGUUGUUUCAACAACUUUGAUGAUUACAGAAUGUGAUUCAUGAAAAUGUUAUGACUGACUCGUGGAUAUGUUCUGACUAAGAUUAUGAUUAUGUUCUUUCAGAUUUUGAUAGUGUCAAUUUUAAUUCAUUUUGUGUCCAAAUUUUGCAUUAUUUGUUAAAAUGUUUUUUGUGUGGUUUCUUUAAUAAAUCCAUACAAUUGGCAGAUAUUGUAUAAACAUUCUAGAAACAAUAUCUCAUUAUGAUGUAAAAAUUGAUGAUUAAAAUAAUUCCACAUC